AUGAAGGGGCGACGCACGGAGGGCAAAGGUUCCUCGAUACCACCGCCGACGGCUGAUCAUCGUCUUCCGGUUCACUUCCGUCUUCAGCACCCCAACCUCUUCUCGUCCUAUCUCCGAGGCAGCAAGUUUUCUCCAUCACUUUAUCCUUCCAAUUGUCAUCUGACAAAGAUGUCCACACCGGCAAGAAAGAGAUUAAUGAGGGAUUUUAAGAGGUUGCAGCAAGAUCCUCCUGCUGGAAUCAGUGGUGCCCCAUAUGAUAACAAUAUAAUGCUCUGGAAUGCCGUCAUAUUUGGUCCGGAUGACACUCCUUGGGAUGGAGGUACGUUCAAGCUGACACUUCAGUUUUCUGAAGAUUAUCCAAAUAAACCACCAACAGUGCGAUUCAUUUCUCGAAUGUUUCAUCCAAACAUUUAUGCAGAUGGAAGUAUAUGCUUGGACAUCCUUCAAAAUCAGUGGAGUCCAAUCUAUGAUGUUGCUGCUAUUCUCACAUCAAUUCAGUCGUUGCUGUGUGAUCCAAACCCAAACUCUCCAGCCAACUCAGAAGCAGCACGGCUGUUUAGUGAGAAUAAGCGCGAGUAUAACAGAAAAGUGCGGGAAGUUGUUGAGCAGAGCUGGACAGCUGACUAAGUCAAAGUCAAAGUCAAAGUCAACGACAAUAUCUGGUCUAUGAUCCCUUUGUGUUUGAGAACAAGUACAAGUGAUAGAGUAAUAAUGAUGGGUGUUUUCUAAACUAUCUUCAUUUACAACAAUUUGUAAUUGUAGGGAUCUUAUAAGCUUCCGUUUUACUUUUGUUGCGUCACUAUUACUAUUAGACUCUUGUAUUGUAUACAUAAUACUUAUCUCUUGUAUUAUAUUUGCCUCAAGAAAAACAUUCUAGUAGUAGUUCCUAAUGUGU